AUGAAUUCUUCGUCAUCGGCAACUGAACUAGUCGCGGCAAAAAGGAUGGAUAUAUAUGAGUCAUUUCAUCAAGUGAACUUGUGGGAAGAUAGCUUUAAAGUUGACAAUAGCACUUUGAAUUCAAUUUCUUCACCAAUGUUGAUGAAGAACAGUAGUAGCAUAGAGAACAAGUCUGAAUGUGUUCUUCAUGAAUCAAGAGAACCUUCCGGAGAUGAUCAAGAGACUAUAGAAGAACCUAUUCCUAAGGUGUUAAGACGGCAGGCACAAAAUCGGGAGGCGGCUCGAAAAUGUCGACUGCGAAAGAAGGCUUAUGUUCAACAAUUGGAAACAAGUAGAUUGAAGCUCAUGCAAUUAGAACUUGAGAUUGAGAAAACAAGAGAACAUGGUUUGAACAGAAGCAGUUCUUUUGAUGUCGGUUAUAUCAGAUCAUCCCGAACAAUAAAUUCAGGAAUGUCUUUGUUCGAAAUCGAAUAUCGAAGAUGGAUUGAAGAACAAGAUAGACAAAACGAAGAACUACGAAAUGCAUUGCAAAAUAAUGCAUCUGAUGUACAACUUCAUCUACUUGUUGAAAGUAGUUUGAACCAAUACUCAAAUCUGUUCAGAAUGAAAGCAGAAGGUGCAAAGGUUGAUGUCUUCUAUUUAGUCUCCGGCACCUGGAAAUCAUCGGUAGAAUGUCUUUUUCUUUGGAUCGGAGGAUCUCGACCGUCGCAGAUUCUAAAUAUCGUCGUACCGAAGCUCGAUGCUUUAACUGAUCAACAAACUGGCAGCAUUAACAACCUUCGGUUAUCUUCUCAACAAGCUGAAGAUGCUCUUUCAAUGGGGUUAGAGAAACUUCAGCAGAGUAUGAUUAACAAUAUUCAAGCUGAUCCCUUGGAUUUCGGAAACUACAGUCUUCAAAUGGCUUAUGCCAUGGAUAAAGGAGAAGCAUUAGAAGGUUUUGUAAACCAGGCAGAUCAUCUAAGAGAACAAACUCUGCUAUACAUGUCACGCAUACUGACAAUUGGGCAAGCUGCUCAAGGCUUGCUGGCUAUGGGGGAUUACUUUCAUCGUCUUCGCACUCUUAGUUCUUUAUGGACUGCUCGUUCAUGUCACCAUUUCUACCCUACUCAACACUCAAAUUGA